GCAAUAUAAUACGGCAGAAAAAUGAUUCAGUCUGUUACACGUCGGGCGCGUGCCUUGGCGGUUAAUUCGUGCGACAGCAAAGCGUCAGUGCGCGUGUUUAAAAUCGCAAAAAAAUUAACUAAAUCUUAUCGCAUUUUUAUAGUCGAGAAAUCACAGUAGUUGUGCGACUUCUUGACUCUGUAUUCUUGUAAACACGAGGAGGCACACACUUCCUCGUCACAGGGGAGUAUGAAUAUGACUUUAUGCGUAUGCAUAUAACAAUCACAUAAGUACUCGAUCAAAAACACAUUGCAUAACUGCAGGAUAUUUUACGUAUGCCAUACCGUCUCGGUAACAUCUUGCUGAAAUAAUUAAUAAUGCUUUCAUCGGAAUAUACAAAACCGAUACCCAAGCCACGUGAAGACUGCGCCGGUUUCAAUACAACUUCAUCAGUGGGAAAUGAGCCUGGGAGCUUCACCUCGAACGGCAGCAUGAUCGUCGUGAGCAACAGGUUGCCGUUUGUCCUCAAGAGGAAUGAGACGACCGGGCAGCUGGAGCGCAAGGCCAGCGCCGGAGGUCUUGUCACAGCCGUAGCUCCAGUCGUAAUAAACGGAAAUGGAGUAUGGGUAGGAUGGCCUGGUAUGCAUAUGGAAAAUCCGAACGAACCGAUUCCUGAAUCCGAUCCGAACGAUCGUACCCCGACUGCCGGUCUUCUCUCGCGCAAGGUUGUUGCUGUACACGUUGAACCGGCUAUAUUUGAUUCGUACUACAAUGGGUGCUGCAAUGGUACUUUCUGGCCUCUUUUUCACUCUAUGCCUGAUCGUGCGACUUUCAUUGCUGAACAUUGGCGUGCUUACACAACUGUCAACGAGGAAUUUGCUGCCAAGACUGUCGGCGCCCUGGAGCUGAUCCAUAAGGAACAGGAGGGUCAAACUAAUGGGACACCGUUGGUCUGGAUUCAUGAUUAUCAUCUUAUGCUGGCAGCUAAUUGGAUAAGGCAAGCUGCCGAUGAGAAGAAUCUGAGGUUAAAGCUUGGAUUCUUCCUUCAUAUCCCUUUCCCACCAUGGGACAUCUUCAGAUUGUUCCCUUGGGCUGAUGAAAUUCUUCAGGGUAUGCUUGGCUGCGACAUGGUUGGCUUCCAUAUUCAGGAUUAUUGCCUGAACUUCGUCGACUGCUGUCAGAGAUGCUUAGGGUGCAGAGUCGACCGGAAGAACCUUCUGGUGGAACAUGGUGGACGUACCGUACGUGUCAGGCCACUUCCUAUUGGUAUUCCUUUCGACAGAUUUGUCUCGUUGGCUGAGAGCGCACCUAGAGUUAUGUUAACUAAUCAGAAGAUUGUACUGGGCGUUGAUCGUCUUGAUUAUACCAAAGGAUUGGUCCAUAGACUAAAAGCUUUUGAGAUGCUGCUAGAAAAACAUCCGGAACAUCGUGAACAAGUCACUAUGCUGCAAAUUGCAGUCCCCUCUCGUACGGACGUGCGCGAAUACCAGGACUUGAAGCUUGAGAUGGAUCAGCUCAUCGGUUGUAUAAACGGUCGUUUCACGACCCCAAAUUGGUCUCCUAUCAGAUACAUUUAUGGCUGCGUAAGUCAGGACGAACUGGCAGCUUUCUAUAGAGACGCAGCCGUUGCGCUGGUAACUCCUCUUCGUGACGGUAUGAAUCUCGUCGCCAAGGAAUUCGUCGCUUGUCAGAUAAACAACCCACCGGGUGUUUUGAUCGUUUCGCCCUUUGCUGGAGCUGGUGAGAUGAUGCACGAAGCACUGAUCUGCAAUCCUUAUGAGAUCGACGAAGCUGCUGAGGUCAUCCACAGAGCACUGACUAUGCCCGAAGACGAACGAACACUUAGGAUGAAUCACUUGCGUCGUCGCGAAAGGAUCUACGAUGUCAACUACUGGAUGAAGUCAUUCCUCCAGGUGAUGGGAUCUUUGGAAGAGCGUGACUCUGUUGGUGCAACGACAAUGCAGCCAGUAACGAUGGAUGACUUUGAUGAUUAUUUGAGCAAGUCCCCUAGGUAUAUCGGCGAUAAUCACAAGCUGGCACUGCUGCUGGAUUACGAUGGCACCCUGGCACCUAUCGCGACCCAUCCCGACCUGGCAAUUCUCCCGUUGGAGACAAAGAAUGUCUUGCAAAGGUUGUCCAAUAUGUCCGAUGUCUACAUAGCUAUUAUAUCAGGCAGAAAUGUAAACAAUGUCAAGUCUAUGGUCGGAAUUGAUGGCAUAACUUAUGCUGGUAAUCAUGGUCUUGAAAUUCUUCAUCCUGACGGGAGUAAAUUCGUCCACCCAAUGCCUGCCGAGUUCGAAGACAAGGUAGCCGGUUUGAUGCAAGCUUUACAGGAUCAGCUCUGCAAAGAUGGUGCCUGGGUUGAGAAUAAGGGAGCCUUGCUGACCUUCCAUUAUCGCGAAACCCCAAUGGAGGGGAGACCGGAAAUGGUUGAGCAAGCUAAGAAACUUAUUGAAGAGACCGGCUUCAAGGCUUGCGCAGCUCAUUGUGCUCUGGAAGCAAAACCACCAGUAGAAUGGAACAAAGGUCGCGCUUCUAUUUACAUCCUGCGCACAGCUUUUGGUCUGGACUGGAGUGAACGCAUCAGAAUCAUUUACGCCGGUGACGAUGUCACGGAUGAAGAUGCCAUGAAGGCACUGAAAGGUAUGGCAGCAACAUUCCGUGUAGCUUCAUCUCACAUAAUUCGCACAUCGGCUGAACGUCGCUUACCAAGUACGGAUUCCGUGCUGACGAUGCUGAAGUGGGUGGAGAGGCAUUUAAGCAGACGCAAGCCCCGCCAGAAUUCCGAGAAAUCAACCAGAUUCCGUCGUAGCAGCGGAGGCAUCACCAUGGAGAUGUCCUUCCCGCAACAAUCAUUCAAGCAAACCCUGGAAUCUUAGACAUUUAUCGAUCAACUGAAGCACUCAUUAUUCUUGUAAAAUAAGGAAGUAGAGGGAUGAGUACAUAGGAUGAAGAAUAAGGAAAAGAAAAAAGUACGAAGCUGAAGUCAAAAUUGAGAUAGAAGGUGAGAGGCAUCUCGCGGACCUCAUUUUGGAAAUAAUUAAAGUUUCUGACAGCUCGAGGUGCUUCCAAAAUGCAAUACAAGAAGCAACAACUGGAAAACUCCUAAUAACUUCUACAAAUUAACGAUAAGCUAUAGCCCUCGCUGUUGAAGAUUUUCACACACAAUGGAAUCUCCUUGAUCUGUCAAUUAUCUUUUUUUUCUUCUUCUACGGAUAAUUUUUGUUAUUCGAAUUUGCCAUUGUCGACUGGGUUACACAAACAAGCACAGAGUGAUAGUACUCGGGAAAAUGCUAAUCAUUGGUAAUAAUUAAUGUAACGCAGCAUUCACGUGUAAGUCAUGACAGUGUGGUUUAAAUUAUUGUCACAGUGUCGUUGUUGUCAUUUGUUGCAUUUGAUAUUGAAAAGAACAGAAUUGAUGUUAACUUCCUACAAUAAUGACGUACGAACUUAAUGACGACAAACUAGUACUCUGUCGCCUGGUUUUCUAGUAUUUAGAGAGACCUUAGUAGUAAGUUCCUGCCGCUCAAAACUGUUAUUGGUAUGAAGGCGGGCAAAGAAACAUAAAAUUACACAUGGAUGAAUAUAAUAGUCUAGAAGUAUAAACGAGCAGGAAAACGUAGAGAUUAUGUAUUGAUCAUUCAGAUAGUUAGACGGAAGCAAGAAUUUCGCACCUAGAAAGUAGCGCUUAUUCAGGAAAGAGAUACCGAAAAUCGUAUGCGUUUUUUUUUUCAUUUUUUAUGCACGACCGUUAUACAUAUAUUUUUCGUCUCUUUCGUUUCUUUUCUCGAUUUCAAACUCCGUCGUGAAAUUAACUUUGAAGCACUGUACCAAUUAUAAUUCUCAUCUCGCGCAAUACAAGAUAACGUAGUAAUAACGAUGAUCUUAAGGGUAAGUGACAAUUAAAGAUUAAAGAAGUAAUUCGACGUAGAACCAAGGGGGAGACAAAUGAAUGCAUAGAUGGCUACGAGCAACGUAAACACUAAACACAAAGAAAUAGAAAAAAAAGAGCAAAAUUGAAUAAUAUAUUUUCGUCUAGAAUAGUUGAAGAGAUUCCGAUAGUUUUUACACGUUUCUAAAUGUAGAUUAAUGAAUAAGUGGUUUGGUCGUUUCCAUUGAAUAGUUUCCCUAUUUUUUAAUUUUUUUUUUUUUAAUGACCCUUCCUAUAACCUUUACUAGCCUAUUAUAUGUAUAACGUAAAAGAGGACGUGGACUAUCAAAGAACAAGUUUUAAUUAAUUACUCUUUUUUUUUUGUGAAGAAAUUUUGUAAAACCUUGGCUGAUGCGAUGUUUUUAAGUCGUAAAUAGCCCACUGUGUUUCGCCAUUUUCCUUUCCGAGGAUGCAAUCAGUUCAGUGAGAAACCAGCCACGUUCCGAGUGGUUGUAAAUUUUUAGUGAGAACGACUGUUGUAGCGAUAAAUGUUCAAACACACAUAUUCCAGAGAAUCGACUGAAACGAAAAUUUUGUACGCUUCAUUUUGUACAUAAAACAAUAGCAAAAGUAAAAUUCACAUGUGUCUAUGCAUACCAAGGUUAAUUAAUUAAAUUAAAAGUUAAUUGAUUAAUUAAUUAAUUCUUAACGAGAGGAUUAAAAACCCGAAUAUACAUCCACACAGCAGACAUAUGUACAUUACACUACGCACGCAAGCUAUAUCCAUUAACACGUCUGAUGAAGAUUCGCAUAUAUGUAUAGGCCAUGUGUAUCUAUUUUAUGAAAACUAGAAACGAAUCAAUGAGGACCGUUUAUAAUCCUUAUAAAGCAAGACUCAACAAUACAGACGGUAUACGUAAUUUUUUUUGAAAGUUGCAGACAAAAAAAAGAUUUCACAAAAUUUAGUAUUUUUCCAUUCUUAUUUUGAGAGUCGAAGUCGCAACCUUCUUUUGAAGAACUCAUAUUUCGUCAAGAGGCUUCUUCAUUGAAAAGUAUCGUUGAAAGUAGAAUAAGUCAUUGGGUGUAUAGAGUCACGUCUAAUAAUAUUCAAAGGAAUUAUUUAUAUAUGUCUUUAUCUGUACGCCAUUGUAGCAUCUUUUGAUUUUCGACUUACAAUGCCACACAGAAAAGGAGUUGUUUGUUCGCGUACAAAAUGUAACAAGAAACUACUUAACCACAAUUAUUCGUACCAUCGUUAAUAAUUCUUUUGUUUUUAUAAUCAACUUCUUGUUCUCUUUACUUUCACUUGGAUCCUCUAUUGUUAGUCCAUCUUCUCCAUUUUCUUUCUACCUAGCCCACAGCCCUUUCCCAACGGCCUAUUCAAACUUUUUCUUUCUCUCUAUUUCUCUGCCCCUUUUUAUUCAUUUAAGCUCACCGUUAUUUAAUAUACUUUAGGACGACUGUAUGGCAGUUAAGUUUUUCUUAGGGCUUAAUUAGUAUUUCGAAAGCCACACACGUCAGAGGAGAGAGUACCCAUAAUCUGUAAUCUCGUAUUUUCUUUUUUGGUAUUUAUUAGUCAAUUAUCAAUCACUAGUCAAUAAAAUGAAUGGACGAUAGAACAAAAUAAAGGAGGACAGAAGGAACGACCAAGCGAUUAAGGAAAACAAAAAAUCCAUAUCGAUCCAUCAACUGGCACCGGAAGUACGUACCAUGUAUAACUUGAAUCGCGAAAGUAUAUUACCUUAUGUGUGCGUAUAUGUAUAUAUAUGUAUACUUGAACUUAUUUUUAUAUGUGUGUAUAUAUAUAUACAUGUGUACAUAUAGAGUCUUAAAACGUUGCCUUAUCAAGAUCCCUAUAUAAACUAUUCAUGUUUUGUAUGAGUACUUAGUUUUUACUUGGUAUAUAUUGUAAAUGCGUUUAUACACCGGUUAACCAAUUGUAACCUGCUCCAAUGAUUGUAAGGAAAGGAAAAAAGAUGAAAAAAUUCUUUACGAUGUUACCAUAUUACACAUAUUUUUUAGUUGUCAAA